AUGGCUUCCACUAGUGUUAUUUGUGUUUGUCUCCUCUGCCUAUGUUGUUUAAGUGAAGGAGCUCAACAGCAGCAUAAUUCCAGCCAAAUAGCCCGGGGCUCUUCACUUUCUCCCAUCACUCACCCAAGCUCAUGGCCUUCUCCUUCAGGCAAAUUUUCAUUCGGCUUUUAUCAGCAAGGAAGUGGCUUUGCGGUCGGAAUUUGGUUGGAGGAUAUCAGUCAGAAAACAGUUGUUUGGACAGCAAACCGGGAUGACCUCCCAGUCGCUUCAAGUUCAGUGCUGCAGCUAACAGAGCAUGGUGAGCUUGUCUUGCUAAAUGAGCGAGGACAGAAGAAACUCAUUGUCUCCAACAGUAUCAAUGAACUUGUGUCCUUUGCCUCCAUGCUUGAUUCUGGCAACUUUGUUUUAUAUAAUGAAAGAUCCGAAGUUAUUUGGGAGAGUUUUGAUUAUCCUACUGAUACUAUCCUGAAUGGUCAAACUCUGCCUGUUGGAGGUCAGCUAUACUCUAGCUUAUCAGAAGCUGAUCACUCUACUGGACGGUUUCAUCUCAAGAUGCAGGGUGAUGGAAAUCUAGUCCUAUACCCGGCAAACACUGAAGACUGGAUCACAGAUGCUUAUUGGAGCUCUAACACGUUCAACAUCGGCAUCAAUUUUCACCUCUAUCUUGAUCCUACAGGUACUCUUGUUAUCACCAAUACUACUACUAUUUGGAAAUAUUCCAACACUUACAGAGUUAUAUAUGAUGGAUCUAAAAAUGGUUACAAAAAUGGUACCAUGUACCGUGCAAUUGUUGGCGUGGAUGGAAAUUUCCGGUUGUAUUCUCAUGGUUCUGAUGAUAACAAUGGAAAGCUCCAACCAUUUGUUUUCAUGUGGUCCGCUAUAGAUAAGCCUUGCCAAGUUAAAGGAUUAUGUGGCCUUAACAGCUAUUGCACACUCGAUGAUGACCAACCAAGCUGUCUUUGUCUUCCUGGAUCAAAUUACGUUAAUAUGGAUCGGAAAAUGCUGGGUUGCUUGAGAAACUAUACAGAAGUAGAGUGUCAAGGAGGGAAAGUAAACAUAUCCAAUUAUCAAAUGAGCACCAUGAACAACAUGAUGUGGGGAGGCACUGAUUAUGCAGAAGAGGAGAUGUUGAAGGAAGAAUGCAGCAGGUCAUGUUUAGAAGACUGUAACUGUGGUGCAGCUCUGUUCCAGGAUGGAUACUGUACAAAGCAAAAUCUACCACUCAAAUAUGUCAGAAGGGAUCUAGACGAGAGUACCAUAGCCUUCUUCAGGGUUGGAAUGAUCACAAGCACCGAAAGCAACAACCAAACUGAUCAAUUUCCCACCACGGUGAAUCCAUUUAUGGAGGUUGAUAGCACAAGCAAGAAACUACUUGUGCAAGUUCUUGUUAUAACCUUAGGUUUCAUCAUAUUCAUAUGUGUUGCUCUCGCAAUUUCUGGAUUCUACAUUUUCAAAAUUCGAGUUCUACACUACAAAAGGCUCACAGAGGUUAAUGGUAAUCUGGGCCUGGCAGAUGAGGAGCUCACGUUGAGAGUUUUUUCAUACAAUGAGCUGAAAAGAGCUACAAAUGGUUUCAAGCAAGAAUUGGGAAAGGGCUCCUUUGGAGCAGUGUAUAAAGGGGCUCUUAACAAAGGCAAAAAACUCAUUGCAGUAAAAAGACUGGAGAAGUUAGUGGAAGAAGGUGAGAGGGAGUUUCGAGCGGAGAUGCAGGCAAUUGGAAGAACUCAUCACAAGAACUUAGUUCGAUUACUGGGUUACUCUGCUGAGGAGUCCAAAAGGCUCCUUGUCUAUGAAUAUAUGAGCAAUGGCUCCCUUGCAGAUCUUCUUUUCAGGGCAGAAUGGCAUCCAGCUUGGGAUGAAAGAGUGAGAAUUGCAGUUGAUGUGGCAAGAGGUCUCCUCUAUCUACAUGAAGAGUGCAAGUCCCCUAUCAUUCAUUGCGACAUAAAGCCUCAAAACAUUCUGUUGGAUGAAUCUUGGAAUGCGAAAAUAGCUGAUUUUGGACUUGCAAAACUGCUGAUGCCGGAUCAAACAAGGACCUUCACAGGGAUAAGAGGGACAAGAGGGUAUUUGGCACCAGAAUGGCAAAAGAACACUCCAAUCUCAGUGAAGGCAGAUAUCUACAGUUUUGGUGUAGUGCUUCUUGAACUAGUUUGUUGCAGGAGGAACUUGGAUGUCAGUGUUAGAGCAGAGGAGAUAGUUCUUUCUACUUGGGUCUAUAAGUGCUUUGUGAGUAGAGCGCUGCAUAAGCUUAUUGUGGGUGGCGAAGAAGUGAACAAGAAGAGCUUGGAGAAUAUGGUUAAGGUGGGAUUAUGGUGCAUACAAGAUGAACCAGCUCUACGGCCAUCAAUGAAGUCUGUAGUGUUGAUGUUACAAGGCAUUACUGAUAGUAUCUAUCCCUCCAUGUCCAACCACUGCUUCUAUGUGAUAAACCACUAGCCGUUGGGGAAAUGUUUCUCUGCUUAUUUGAAGUCUGUUAAAAGAAUAAGCUAGCAGUAUAUAUGCUGUUGGGCACACAGCAUGGUGCUAGUA